AUGAUGAAUGGAUUAAGCCAUCCGGAGGCGCAGUGCGAGCCGACCAGCCUGGAGUACAUGGAGGAUCCGUACUUCGUGCCUCCGGAUGACCAGUCAACACCCAGCUUCGACGUGGCCGUUGAUGAAUUGGACGAUCUGAGUGAUACGGUCACCUGGCCUCACGAUGACACAGAAACUGACUGGCGCACGUUACCCGACCUCGCUGAAUCAGCACUCUGCAUAGAAACUGAAUUCUACAUGGACAAUCGUAGACGUAGAUUGAGAAUAUUCAAGAAGAAAAUAAGAGAAGUCAGAGUUACCUUCCAGGAUCUAUCCAAACCGUACCUAGCUAAGGUCUCGAGCCACAAGAACUACAAAAAGUUUUUAGGUAUUACGCCAGGAGUAUAUAAUAUACUUGUUCUAUCAGCCGAGGAAGCAAUGCCAGGGUCUGGUGCUGGCGACGCUCAUACCCCUGACGAGCUGGCAGGUCUGACCCCGGAACAGGCGGAACAACUACGAGCUGAGUGGAGCCGGGAACUGGCCAGGGUGGAAGACGAGAUAUCAACGCUGAGGACUGUGUUACAGAGCAAAAUCCGCCAGAGCUCCGAUUUGAAACGUAAACUUGGCAUCACCGUAUGGAAGGAAAUAACUGAGGACGUCAACCAGGGCUUGAAGAACGUCAAGGAGAGCCAAGUUUAUCAAACGAUAGAAACACGCGUGGGUGAACUUACAAAGGCUGUUACUGACACGCACAUAUACCAAAAAACUGAGUCUGUGAUAAAAUCAACGGCUGAGAAGACGACCUCCAUCCUAGGAGGCAUCACGGCCGGUGUGAGCAGCAAGCUCGGGCAGAUGAGGAACUCGGACUCGUUUAGAUCCAUAGAGGAGCGGGUGGGGAGCGCUUACGAGAACGUUAAGGGCAAGGUAGCAUCCCGUUCCAAUUCUACUCAGAGCUUCGACGAGGCCCUUCGUGACGCGAGCCGCUCGGCCAGUGGCGCCACCUCGCCCUCCAUACCGGAGAACAAACCACUGCCUUAA